AUGGAAUCCCAUGCAGCUCAUUUUUUUUCUGAAAUUGAUCAGCUCCGUGCAAAACUGUUGAUCAACGUGGGAGUCAUGACAGACUGGCAGCGUGCUGAAAAAGAAAUCAACCAGUAAGAAAUUUUAAACCGAAUUGAAAGCAUAAUCCUGGAAAUAGUCACCAGUCUGUCCAAAGCUGAGGCCCCUGUCCUGGCGCUGCCCAACAGAUCCAGCUGGGCCAACAUAAGCUUUGACAGUGCCAUUGGGCUUCAGAUGAGUUCAAGACAGUCUGUCACCACCAUUAGGGCCGACUGCCCUUCAUCUGUCACUAAAUUUGCCCAGAUUCUCAAGAUUCUCUCAGUCAUCUACAGGCUUGUCCAGAGCAACUCAUAUGCUACAAAAAGAGACAUCUAUUACAACAACACAAAGCUCUUUGGUUCACAGAAAGCUGUUGAUAGUAUCGUAGAUGACAUCUCCUGCAUGCUAAAGGUUCCUCGCAGAUCACUACAUGUGUUGGCCACAUCCAAGGGAUUGAUCUCAGGUGACCUGUGUUAUAUGGAGGAGGACGGCACAAGGAUUGACUGCCACUCCAGCUCAACUGCUGUCUCAGUUUCAUCGAACAUCAGUGGAAUUAAAAAUAUUGUAUCAUCUGCAAAAUUUGUCAUGAUCAUCGAGAAGGAUGCGACGUUCCAGAGACUGCUGGAUGAUGACUUCUGCACAAAGAUCUCCCCUUGCAUCAUUAUCACAGGUAAAGGUGUGCCAGAUGUGAACAGCAGGCUGAUGGUGAAAAGGCUUUGGGAUGAGCUGCACAUCCCCAUCUUUGCCCUCGUGGAUGCUGAUCCUCAUGGCAUUGAAAUCAUGUGCAUCUACAAGUAUGGAUCAGUGGCACUGUCGUUUGAGGCCCACAGUCUGACCGUCCCCAGCGUUAUGUGGCUAGGCCUCCUCCCCUCUGACCUACAGAGGUUGCGGGUUCCCAAGGACGCUCUGAUCCCACUUACCAAGAGAGAUGAAAGCAAACUCUGCAGCCUCCUUGAAAGGCCGUACUUAACCAGCCAACCAGAGUGGGAGAAAGAGAUGAAACUGAUGCAGCAAAGUAAAGUAAAGGCUGAAAUACAGUCUUUGACAGCUAUAGCUCCUGACUUCCUCACACAAAUCUACCUGCCCAACAAGCUGCGCUAUGGAGGCUGGAUAUGA